AUGAAGUUAGCAACAACAUUUGGACAGGAAAGAGGAGCACGGGUUUGUUUCUUCGGACUUUCUUCUUCCUCAGCGAUUUUAGGACAUGAGUAUGCUGGUGGGGACAUGCUCCAGCCAAGGGAAACAGACUUGCCAGCCUUGUUUUUGGUGUUGGUUGUGCUUCCUCUUGUUGCUUACAUCUUAUUAGGAAAAUGGAGUGAGUCUUCUAAAAAGAAAGAAAGGAUAAGUGAGCUUGCUCAUAUUGCUGCAGAAGAAGCUUUUCAAGUAGAAUCAUCAUCAAUGGCUGCUGCUGCUGUUGUUAUUCCUGUUGUUGUUGUUGUUCCCAUGUCAAAAUCCAACAAUUCGGUUCAUAAAUGUGCUAAAUGUUUUGCUCAAGCUAAAACUCGAUGCUCUCGUUGCAAAUCUGUUCGAUAUUGUUCUGGAAAGUGUCAAAUAAUUCAUUGGAGGCAAGUUCACAAACAAGAGUGUCAAUUCUUGGAGUACAACAGCAGUUGUGCAUCUCCAAACUCAGCUUCAAAUGAAGAAUCUGUUGAUGAAUUCAAUGAAAAAUCAGAUUCACAAUUUUCUGAAUCCAAUUUCAAGCAUGAGAAACCGUUUUCAGAUGAUAAUUCUUGCAAAUUCAACAAAGAAACAGCAAGAAAAGAAGAGAAUGUUACAAUAGAGUCAUUUGGAGAAACAUGUUCCACUUCAUAUGAUAGUAUUCCAUCAAAGGGAACUUUCACUCGAUAUAAGAAACGGGGUCAUCUUGUGCUAUCUAAAGAAGACAUUCCAGAAAAAAGUAAUGUGGAUGCGUGUAAUACAACGAGUAAAUUUGACUCUGAAAAGUCAACUCAAAAUGGGACAAAUUUAUUAGAUGUUGAAAAAGUCGAAUCAAAUGCGGAGUAUGAGAUUCACACAACAAAAUGUUCUGAAAGAAGCCAAGCAAAGAAAAGUAAUACAAAAUUGCAUAAAUCAACCAAAUCAACAGUGAAAGUGUUGAAAGAUUAUGAAAGGGGUAGUAUGGAUCAAGUUGCUGAUGUAUUAUUAGAUGAUUCUAGACAUGGGGACAUGAACACUCUUCAUGAAGGUAAUAAGGGAUUCAUGAAGAUGAUUGGUUUAAAGAGGUCUUCGAAACAUGAUAGAGUGGAAGCUAAUACUGAAAAACAUAAGAAAGUAAAAAUGCUAUUUCCAUAUGAAGAAUUUGUGAAGUUCUUCCGAUAUGAAGCUUUUGAUUUGUUGCCAAGAGGGCUUGUAAAUUGUGGGAAUAGUUGCUAUGCGAAUGCAGUGUUGCAGUGUUUGACCUCCACGAAGCCGUUGACCAUCUAUUUACUCCGCCGAUCACAUUCUCGAGCUUGUUGUGCAAAAAGUUGGUGUCUUAUAUGUGAACUUGAGCAUCACGUAUUAAUGUUACGUGACAAUGGAGAGCCACUAUCACUUAGUAGAAUUCUUGUGAAUAUGCGGAAUGUUAAUAACCAAAUUGGUGAUGGGAGUCAAGAAGAUGCUCAUGAGUUUUUAAGGCUUUUAGUUACCUCGAUGCAAUCUAUAUGUCUUGAGGGUUCUGGUGGAGAAGAUGCAGUUGAUCCCAAAUUGCAAGAAACGACUUUUAUUCAACAUACAUUUGGGGGACAACUACGAUCAAAGGUCAAGUGCUUGAGAUGUCAUCGUGAAUCCGAUAGAUAUGAAAACAUAAUGGAUCUUACAUUAGAGAUUUUCGGGUGGGUUGAAUCAUUAGAAGAUGCAUUGACUCAAUUCACGAGCCCUGAAGAUUUAGAUGGAGAAAACAUGUAUCGAUGUGGAAGGUGUGCGGCAUAUGUUCGAGCACAAAAGCAAUUAGCAAUUCAAGAAGCUCCAAACAUUCUAACGAUUGUUUUGAAGAGAUUUCAGGAGGGGAGUUAUGGGAAGAUAAAUAAGUGCAUUACGUUUCCGGACAUGUUGGAUAUGAUUCCAUUUAUGACAGGGACAGAUGAUGUGCCUCCACUUUACAUGCUUUAUGGAGUUGUUGUCCAUUUAGACACAAUGAAUGCGUCUUUUUCGGGUCAUUAUAUUUCAUAUGUGAAAGAUCUUCGAGGCAAUUGGUUUAGGAUAGAUGACACACAUGUUCAACCGGUGUCUGUGACCCAAGUGAUGUCAGAAGGGGCGUAUAUAUUGUUCUACAUGAGAUCAUCCCCUCGUCCCCUAAAAACCUACUCCACAAAACCAAAACCUUCCUCCAUUUCCGAAAAACACCGGAUCCCAAAAGCUCCAAAACCAACCAUAAAUCAACAACCAAAAGGAUUCCAAUCAAUCACAACCCAAAACAUUCCCACACCACGUACCGAUUUUUCAGAUGCAGCAUCAAGCGAUUGGUCAAUCUUCACAAGCUCAGACGAUGCAUCUUUCACUACAGAAAGCACCCGUGACUCAUUCAGCACCAUUGAUUAUACAGACAACGAUCCAAUUUCUUCAAUCUUCAACACACUUUAUAGCACCACACCUGAUUAUAAUUAUACAACAGUCAGGGCUUCAAGUAGAUCAAAUUUGAUACCCCCGAAAUCGUAUCAAGGUUGUGAACCUCCGUACAGAUUACAGAAGAUCUGUUCAUCGGAUUCGAGUAGUAAUUGUGGAUUAUACAUGAAAUAUGAAAGUGAUCACAAGGAUUCGAUGAAUAGAACUUCUGGGCAUUGUACACUUUAGAUUUUAGACGUGUUUGGAAUAUGUUUUUUAGAUGUAGGGGAGUAGAUGUUGGUGCCUCAAAAUUUUACCACAAUGCUUAUGUAAAUGAGGGCCUAGAUUUAUACAAUUAUUUGCUUUGAAUCGGAGCAAAGUCGUCGGAGUAUUUGUCAACUACUUGCACACCAU